ACUGUUGGAGAUUUCAUUUCCGGCAAACAUGGCUUUGUUGUGUUGCGGUUGAUCGCGAAACGACAACAAAAAGAGCGUUUUGCUCCGUAUUUAGUUUCAAAGGGGUACUUUUGGCUGUGUUUGUAUAUUAACAGCAGUUUCUUACUGUUUGUUUUCUAACGUCAGGCGUCAUGGAGACAGAGGAACAAGCAAGAAACCGCUUCCAGUCUGAACUGGAGUUUAUCCAAUGUUUGGCCAAUCCAAACUAUCUAAACUUUCUGGCUCAAAGAGGCUUCCUCAGGGAGAGAACCUUCAUCAACUACCUAAAGUAUUUGCUCUACUGGAAGGAGCCCGACUACGCAAAAUUUCUCAAGUACCCCCAUUGCCUGCACAUGUUAGAGUUGCUGCAGUACGAGCACUUUCGCAAGGAGCUGGUCAAUGCUCAGUGCGCCAAGUUCAUCGACGAGCAGCAGCUGCUGCACUGGCAGCAUUACUCCAGGAAGCGUACGCGUCUGCAGCAGGCGCUCGCCGAGCAGCAACAGCCACAGCAGCCACAGCCGCCGCAUGGCAACGCCGCUACCAAGUGAUGACAACCACGUUUCUGCACACCGUUAAUGGCGUGCUUGGCUACAAUAAGGAAGCUAAAGUCGAACAUGUUCACUUUGUUGUUUUGUUUGUGUUUUAGGAAGGCACCAACUUGGUUUAUGUUCAUUCUUGCCACUCAAGUGCAAUGUUCCGACAGUGCUAUGUUGCUUAAUUUUCACAAUUAAAAGUGUCUUCUCAAAAA